AUGUUUCGUCGUACAUACUCCACUAUCAAAAAAACCGUCGAGGUGGUGUCGCAUACGAACUGUGCGCUCCCGCCGAAUUCCACUGUGUUCAGUGCGAUCCAGCCGACAGGGCGCUUCCACUUGGGGAACUACCUUGGGUCGGUACGCGCGUGGCGCGAGUUGCAAGACAGUGCGCACACAGACACCUCGUUAAUGUUUGCGACAGCAGACUUGCACGCUAUCACGGUGCCGAAGGAUCCGCAUGAGUUGCGCACGUUCCGCGCGCAGGCCAUCGCGUCAAUACUCGCGUCGGGCAUUGACCCCCAGAAGUGCACCGUAUUUCACCAGUCGUCAGUAGCGCAGCAUGCGGAGUUGAGCUGGAUCUUCAUGUGCCAUACGGGCUUGGGCUACCUCAAUCGCAUGACGCAGUGGAAGGCCAAGGCCGGGGCUUCCUCCGAGAGCGCACUCGCGGACGUGAUGAGUACAGCCGGUACGGGCUUGUUCGCAUACCCCGUUUUGCAAGUAGCGGACAUUUUGCUCUACCACGCGACCCAUGUGCCAGUGGGUGACGACCAGGCGCAGCACUUGGAAUUGACUCGCCAUCUCGCGGAGAAGUUCAACCGCGCGUACGGUGACACGUUUCCGAUCCCCAAGACGCUCCUCACGCCUGCGCGCAAGAUCCUUUCGUUAAGAGAUCCGUCGAAGAAGAUGUCCAAGUCUGACAAGGACCAGACCGCAUCGAUAUACUUCAACGAGGAGCCGGAGUCGAUCAGAAUGAAAGUCCAGCGUGCCGUCACAGACUCCAUCCAGGGUGACCUCUACUACGACCAGAUUACUCGUCCGGGGGUCUCUAACAUGAUCGAUAUCAUUUCUGGAAUCACCAGACAGACAACCGAGGAGACCAUUGCCAGUUUGCAGCACAUCCGCAACCAUAAGCAGUUGAAGGACCACAUGGCGGAGGUGGUGAUCGAGGAGUUCCGCGGGCCCAAGAAGUUGUACGAGCAGUUGAUGGCCGACCCUGCAUAUUUAGACGAGGUGUGUAAACAAGGGACUGUCAAGGCGACCGAAAUCGCCGUGAAGAACAUGAACGAUGUUAAAAGAAAGAUCGGGUUUCUUUAG